CAGUAUGGGGAAAUAAUUCCUCAAAUUCCAUCCCAUCAUAUCACAAAUAGGUUAUAAAAUUAUACAUCAAAGGGAGUGGUAAAGGUUUGAUUUUACAAUCCCCCCCCCCACCAUCCGUCCUUUUUUUAUCACCACAAAUGUAGGACUUCACACAAUAGAAACAAAAUUAAGCAUUCAGUUUUUUAAUUUUUUUUAUAACAAACACAUUAAGAAUUUACAAGAUUUUGCAUCUUCAAUUAAUCCAUCAAGCAACUCCAACGGUGGGCUACAAGAUAUUGUAGCUUGCUUUUUCAAGCAACAUCAAUAUCAAGCUACAAGUUGCCCUAACAAUUAGCUACAAUACCAUGUAGCUUGCUUGAUCAAUAUUUUUAAAAAAUAACAUAAAAUAAAAACUAGCAUAAUACAACAUCACCAAUAAACAUUUUUUAUUCCAUGUGUCAUCAUUAACAAUAAAUGGAUACAAAGAGGUUAGAACACCAAACCUCAAUGAAUGAAACCUAACUUAUAAACAUUUUAACAAGAAAUAAAACAUUCUUUAUUAAUCCAUACAAAUAUAUAAAUACAUAUUGGCCUGGAAUAUAGACUAAAAGCAAAAAAAAAAAAAAUGUAAAAUAAUGGAAAACUUGACAUUUGGUAGCAGCGAAGGCACCUCGUGUCACAUUUGCUACCCGUUUAAAUUUUUUAUUUUACUUUACUACCACCCAAAUUCCCUAACUAUAGAUAUCACUUCCUGUUGUCUUAUGCCGUUAUUGUUUCCGUUAGUGGUGCCCAACCACCGUCCAGCCAGCUCACUGCCACCCAAGCCACUUCACUGCCACCUUCCAGCCACCGCUCCAUCUUCAGCCACCCUCAUUGCCACCAUCCAACCCCCCUUUCCCCCAUCAACGUUGCCCCGAAACCCCACUGCCACCCCCUCCCCUCACCGAUGAUCGGCCAUCCCCUUCCCGUCGUAGAUAGGGGUGUUCAAAAAAACCCGACCCGGUUGUCCCAUCCCGAAUUCCCGAUGACCCGCAAAAAACCUAACGGGAAAUUUUCAAAAUUUUCCGUUUUUUUCGAGUCGGGUACCCGUCCCGGUAAAAUAGUAAUUUCGUGGGCCGAGACAUGGGACAAGCUUUGCUAAUUUCGGGUACCCGGGUACCCGUUAAAAAAAAUAAAAUCGUAUGAGUCUUCUGCGCGUAUUUAAUUAAGGCCAAGCCCACUUAACACUUUAACAAUUAGACUUAGGUUUCCAAUAAGGCAAACUCCUAAAAAAACGCAAUCACCUUUCACCUGCUUCCACAAUUCUCUCUCUCCUAGGGCUUGGUCUUUCCUCCAUUGAAGCAGCUUUGGUGGUUUCGUUCCUCAUUGAAGCAGCGUUGUGGUUUCGUUCCUCUAUUGAAGCAGCUUUGUGGAUCCAUCCUCAAACUUCAUUAGAAAAUGUCAACAUUUAAGGAUGAUUCUGAUGACUUGAUGGAGACAAAUUCAAGUCAAACAGUUGAAGCACGAGAUUUUGAUGAGGCAGAGGUUUUGGAGAAGGCCCCAAAAACAUGGCCUAAGAAGAAAAGAGCAGGGAAGAAACCAAAAGCUGAAAAAGAAGGAGGUAAAAGGAAAAAAAACCUCUAAUGCUUGGGAACACUUUAAAGUAAUUAAAACUGACCCAAACCAUACUAAAUGUCUUUAUUGUGGGGCAAUAAUUGGUUGUGAUCCAAAGAAUGGAACUAAUGGCAUGAAUCGACACACUGAUAGGUGUAAAAAAUCUCUAUUUUACAAAGAUAAAUCUCAAACUAUCUUAGAUUUAGAGUCUAGGACAAAGAUUAAUACUGAUGGGAGUGUCCAAACUGUUAAUGUUCCUAAAUUGUGGAGAUUUAAUCAUAAUGAGAUUAGAAAAGCACUUGCUAAGAUGUUAAUUGUAGAUGAGUUGCCUUUUGCUUUUGUUGAACGUGAAGGUUUUUGUUAGUUUUGUAAAGUUGUUGUUCCUGAAUUUGUUACUCCCUCGCAUGCUACCAUUACAAGGGAUUGUUAUGGUCUUUUUUUUUUAUCAAAGGAAAAAGUUAAAGAAUUUUUUCAACAAUUUGUCUUCUAGAGUAUGUCUUACUACAGAUACAUGGACUUCGGGUCAAAACUUGUCAUAUAUGUGUCUUAUUGCUUAUUUCAUUGAUGAUGAUUGGAAAUUGCAUAAAAGAAUCAUUAACUUUUGUCCUGUUGCUGGUCAUUCUGGGGAGCUUAUUGGUAAAUCUGUUGAAAAAUGUUUGUUAGAAUGGAAUUUGAAGAGGGUUAUGACUGUAAGAGUUGACAAUGCUAGCUCAAAUGAUAUGUCUAUAAAGUACUUGAAAAAAAUCUUUAAUCUUUGGGAUGGGUGUGUGUUGAAUUAUGAGUUUUUGCAUAUGAGAUGUGCCGCACACAUUUUGAAUUUGGUUGUUAAAUAUGGCUUGAAAGAUGUGAAUGUUUCUGUUUUAAAAGUCCAAGCUACCGUGAAAUAUGUGAGGUCUUCUCCUUCUAGGCUUCAGAAGUUCAAGUCUUGUGUUGUAGAAGAGAACAUCACUUGUAAGGGUCUUGUUUGUUUAGAUAUUGAAACAAGAUGGAAUUCCACCUAUUUGAUGCUUAAGACUGCUUUAGUGUUUAUGAAAGCCUUUAAGAAUAUGAAAACAAAGCUCUCUCCUUACACUAAAGAGCUUAUAAAGCAACCGGUGGGAGGUGCUCCCGAUGAUGAGGAUUGGAAUAAAAUUCAAAGUUUCUUACCUCUUCUUGAAAUUUUUUAUAAUGCUACUUUGAAAUUGUCCGGAUCCCGUUAUGUGACGGGAAAUACUUUUGUGGAAGAGAUUUAUGAUAUUGGGUACACCAUUUAUGACUGUGAUAGUGAUCCGAAUGAUGAUGUUAAGAAUAUGACAAAACAAAUGAAAUUGAAAUUUGACAAGUAUUGGGCAAAUGUUCAUAAAAUUAAAAUCUUGAUGUUCAUUGCAUUGAUUCUUGAUCCAAGGAAUAAGUUGAAGUAUACGGAGCAUAUUGUGCGUAAUUCUUAUGAUGUUAGCAAUUCCUAUAUUUUGUGUCAACGUAUUCAAGAUACAUUAAAUUCAUUAUAUGAUUGUUAUGCACAAAAAGUGGGGUCAUCUUCUUCAAAUAUUGCCUCUACUAACCAAAGUGAAAAGGGUGGGAAAGAACAAAAAAAGGGUUCUAACAAUGUAUCUCGAUUGAGGGAUAGUUUUGUAAGGGAGAUUGGGAAUGAUUCAUCUUCCAAAGGAAUGACCGAAUUAGAAAAUUAUUUAGGGGAUAAACUAGAGCCUAGUGAUGAGGAUUUUGAUAUUUUGGCAUGGUAGAGUGCAUAAGGAAAAACAUAUCCAAUACUUAUGACUAUGGCUCGUGAUAUUCUUGCUAUUCCGGUUUCUUCCGUAUCUUUGGAGUCCGCUUUUAGCACGGGAGGACGUGUUCUAGAUUCCUUUCGCACUUCUUUGAGCACAAAAAUGGUAGAAGGUCUUGUUUGUGGCCAAGAUUGGAUGCGUAGUUCUAAUGUCCCUAUUACUAUAGAGGAAAGCUUGCUUGAAUUAGAAAAUAUGGAAGAAGAAGGAAUGAAAGACUUGGCUUUGGAGCAACCAACGAUUGUUAUUGAUGAGACAAUGGAAAUAUCAGAUCUCACAAGUGAUUGAAUGUUAUGCAACAUAGGUUGUUAAUUGUUAACUUAAACAUGAGUACCUCUUGUUGUAAUCUGUAUUAGCAAAGAUCCUUUGAUUUGAGACUUUAUGGUGUCUUCUGAAUUGGACAUGUAUUCAGAUUUGAGACAUGUUCUGCUGUC